AUGUCCUCUGCACCGUAUGGCACUCAAUUCCAAAACAGUACGGGCUAUGAGAAUGACCAUAUGGAGAAUGACCCAUUCUACGUUGCCUCACCUGGGGGUGGCACUCUGUUCCACCGAGUUAGAUCCCCAGGCAACGCAACCAAAACCACUAAGCCACGAAACCCGAUGCAGCGUUCCAGUCUCUCUCAGAAGGGCAAUCUUCCCUCUGCACUCAAGGGUGGAAAUCCACAACGCAAGGGCCAUCGACGUCAAAAUUGUGUUCGUAUUUCUAUCCAUCCACCUAUGACGUUUGGGUCAUCGACUUUCUCUCCUACCGUCGUAGAGGAACCAGAAGACUUCGAGAAGAUGGAGGAGCUGGAUUUACUUGACAUCUCAAUCAACAACUCAGCAAAACCAUUGCCUUCUUUGCCACCCACUACAGCAUCUCCUCUGUCUUCUUCACGGCGCAGUAAGUACGGCAGUCGACACGGCAAGCCCGGCCUUGGAUCUCUUGGGCCAUUAGUCGAGGAGCCGCAACCUCCAGUGUACGAUGACAGUCCUUGCAAGAAGAGAAAUCGUACUUCAUCUGCGUUGAGUGCCAAAAAGCCCACAUUCGACCACAAUCACGCUCUCCCUGAACUCUUCACAUCUCUCCCUACCUCUCUCGGCAACUCUCUCAUCGAUACUCCCUCUCCCGAAAGAAUACCACCUGUCUGGGAGCUGUCCGAAACUCCGUUACCAUCCCACGAGAACUCCCCUGCCAUUGGUAGCCCACGACGCUCAGCUGUAAAGGGGCCUCGCAACCAACCCGCCACCCUUCUCACUCGACGACAGUCGACUUGCGGCCCCUUCACCUCCGAUCUUGCACCCGACAGUCCUUUGUCGCCCAGCCGCCUCCCUCUUAUCAUGAGUAUCACAGGAACGGAAGGUAGUGACUGGCGCAGAUCCACGGAUUCGCUCCAACGCACGAAAACCGAUCCUACGAAUCGCUCAUUCCGCCGAGAUCAUGUUUCAGUGUCCAGCUUGAACAACGGGCUGGGUCCUAUUGGCGGUUCUGCAUUCUAUGGUACCCGUCGGUCCUCGAUGGUCCAAGACCACGUCACUAUUUUCGAAGACUCCAACCAGACCAGCUCCCCUCCUCAACCCUCUAUCCAGCCCCCAAUUGGCUCAUUCCGCACACCUGAAUCCUCUCCCACCCGUGGCAAGAAUAGUGUUCCCCGUUCCAUUCCAACGAACCAACAACUACCGCCUCAUAUGUCGAGCCACCGUCCACCCCCAACUCCUACUUCCACUCACCGAGGGAUGACUACUCCCACUGGCAAAGGACCCGCACUUGGACUUGGAACUGCCACGCCUGCCAGCCUUUACGACAGCGAUGGGUUCCUCCGGGAAUAA